AUGGUUCCGUAUCCCGCAUUGAUUCACAAUGGCGUCCAGGAGAAGAAGCGUAGCUUCUUCGUCGUCGUUGGCGACCGAUCAAAGGACGUCAUUGUGAACCUACAUUAUCUUAUGUCUCGCGAAGACAUGAGGCAGAACAAAUCCGUUCUGUGGGCCUACAAGAGCAAACUGCUCGGCUUCACUUCUCAUCGGAAGAAGCGAGAAAACAAAAUUAAGAAGGAGAUUAAACGAGGCAUGCGCGAAGCCAAUUCCGAAGAUCCCUUUGAGCUUUUCGUAUCCCUUCACGACAUCCGAUACGUCUACUACAAAGAAACCGAGAAGAUUCUAGGUAACACAUAUGGCAUGUGUAUUCUUCAAGACUUUGAGGCAAUCACGCCCAACAUCCUCGCUCGAUGCAUAGAAACCGUGGAGGGUGGAGGCUUGGUGAUCUUGUUAUUGAAGGGAAUGACCAGCUUAAAGCAACUCUAUACUCUUUCCAUGGACGUCCACUCUCGGUACCGGACUGAAGCCCACGACGACGUUGUCGCAAGGUUCAACGAACGCUUUAUUCUCUCCCUCGGAGCCUGCAAGUCUUGCCUUGUCAUAGACGACGAGUUAAACGUCCUACCCAUCUCUGGUGGAAAGGAAGUGAGCGCACUACCGGCUCCCGAUCUCGAUCAAGCGAAGACCCCAGCGCAAAAGGAGCUCGAGGGGCUCAAGGAGUCUUUGCAGGAUACCCAGCCCGUCGGAUCACUCGUUAGCCUGGCGCGUACGACAGAUCAGGCCAAGGCCUUGUUGACAUUUGUUGACGCCAUUGCCGAGAAGACUUUGAGAAACACAGUCACCUUGACCGCCGGACGUGGUCGAGAGAACUUGAAGACUCUGUUCGACUUCGUCUUCAAAGGCUUCGAUGCCCUCGGCUAUGCCGACCAUAUCGACUACACCAUCAUCCAGUCAACGAACAAAGACUGGAACAAGGCCAUCGUUCGUGUCAACAUUCACCGCCAACAUCGCCAAACCAUUCAGUAUAUCAGGCCACAGGAUGCGCAUGUUCUUGGACAGGCAGAGUUGGUCGUCAUUGAUGAAGCCGCCGCCAUCCCUCUGCCUCUUGUCCGAAAACUCAUGGGGCCUUAUCUCGUGUUCAUGGCGUCUACCAUCAACGGCUAUGAAGGUACCGGACGAUCUUUGUCGCUCAAACUCAUCAAGCAGCUGCGCGAGCAGUCCCAUUCACAAAGCGCCAACGUCGCGCCAGAAACGGAAAUUGCCGAUCGGUCUACGGGCAGAGCAGCUAAGAACGAAUCCGCGCCCGCGAGUGGACGGUCACUGAGGGAGAUUACCCUUUCCGAGCCGAUUCGAUACGCACAAGGCGAUGGUGUGGAAAAGUGGUUAAACGGGCUCCUCUGCCUGGAUGCUACACUUCCCCGAGCCAAGAACAACAUCCACGGCUGCCCCGAUCCUACCCAGUGCCAGCUUCUCCGUGUCAACCGCGAUACCCUCUUCUCUUUCCACCCCGUCUCCGAAAGGUUCCUCCAACAGAUGAUAGCUCUCUAUGUCGCUAGCCACUACAAGAACUCGCCAAAUGAUCUUCAGCUAAUGAGUGAUGCGCCGGCGCACGAACUUUUCGUUCUUGUACCACCCAUCUCGGAAGACAGCCAAAAGCUCCCCGAACCUCUCUGCGUAAUCCAAGUUGCGCUAGAAGGAAAGAUUAGCCGGCAAAGUGUGCUCAACAGCCUCGGUCGAGGUCAAAGGCCCGCCGGAGAUUUGAUUCCGUGGCUGGUAAGCCAACAAUUCCAGGAUGAAGAAUUCGCUUCUCUCUCCGGCGCUCGAGUUGUAAGGAUAGCGACAAAUCCCGACUACGUUUCCAUGGGUUACGGAUCUAAGGCCCUCGAGCUUCUCGUCAACUACUAUGACCGCCAAUUCAACAGCCUGUCCGAGGAUGAGCCCAUGACCUCCGAGGAUACCUUCCCACGGGUCACGGACGAGGAGCUCGCCGAAGCGCUUGAGGAGAAGAGCCCCGCUGCCGUCGAUUACGUCGGUGUCAGCUACGGUCUCACGCCGCAACUACAUAAAUUCUGGCAGAGGGCUACCUUUGCACCAGUCUAUCUUCGCCAGACUCCAAACGAGCUCACGGGCGAGCACACUUGUGUCAUGAUUCGGCCCCUCGAUAGCAGUGGCGACCGCAGCUGGCUAGGCGCAUUCGCGCGUGACUUCCAUCGCAGAUUCCUGUCCCUCCUCUCCUACGAUUUCCGCACAUUCCACACGCGUACGGCGCUCAGCCUUGACGAGUCAACCAAGGCCGGCGCGGAACUAGACAAGGUGGUGAUCAAGCCGCUUCGGAAGACGGAGCUCGACGAGCUUAUGACGCCUUUCGACCUCAAGAGGCUUGAUUCCUAUUCCAAGAACAUGUUUGACUACCGCGUGAUUCUAGAUCUCGUCCCCACAUUAGCAAUGCUCUACUUCAGCGGCCGACUCCGCGCCGAGAUCAAGCUCACUGGCGUGCAAGAGUGUAUCCUCCUUUCAAUAGGCCUGCAGCGCAAGGACCUAGACGUCAUUGCGCAAGACCUAACAAUCCAGCCCGAGCAAGUUCUGCCAUUGUUCAACAAGAUCGUCAGGAAAAUUACGACCCAUUUCGCCACUUUGGUAGAGAAUGCCGUGGAGGCAGAAAUGCCCAAGCCCUCCGCCAUUGGCAUAAGCCGUGAGAACGCCAGUGGAGCGCACGAUGACGAGGUCAACGAGCGCUUCGAACCCUUUGCGACCUCUCUUGAAGACGACCUCCAAGACAACUCGGCGCUCACCGAGAUGGAAAAGAAGAAGCGCGAGCUCAUUGACUCUCUUCCACUUGAUCAAUAUGAGGUUGAAGGUGAUGCUCCAGGAUGGGACGAGGCAGAACAGCAGGUUCUGAGCGCGGCGAAGCACGGCAAAAGGAACGUUGUAGUUAGCGUCAAGUCGAGCAAGACGAAACGCAAGGCCGGGACGACCGCGGCAGAAAUCUACGAGAAAGAGAUUGGCCAAAAGGAGAGGAAGAAGGUCAAACUCGGAAGGAAGGCCAAGAUGAGCUGA